CCCUGAUUGUCAGGUUUCUGACUAAGAGGUUCAUUGGAGAUUAUGAAGCAAACACAGGAGCGCUCUACUCCAGAAAGGUCACCCUGGACGGAGAGGAGGUCUCGCUACAGAUUCAGGACACACCCUGCGUGGCUCUCCAGGACGAUGCUGAAGGGCUGUACUGCCAGGAGCAGAUCAACAGAUCGAUUUACUGGGCCGACGGGUACGUGCUGGUUUUCUCCAUCACAGACAACAGCAGCUACCGAACUAUCCAGCCUCUAUACCAGCACAUCCGACGUAUACACCCCGCUGGAAACAUACCCGUUAUAUUGGUCGGCAACAAGAGUGACCUGCUUCGAGCCCGGCAAGUGCCAGUGGAUGAGGGUGAGACGUUAGCUGCAUCGCUAGGAGGGGUUUACUUUGAGGUCUCAGCCAGAGAGAACCACGAGGGAGUCCACGCCGCCUUCCUCCAUCUCUGUCAGGAGGUGAUCCGAGCGUUAGGAGGGGGUAACGGGGAGAAACGAAAAGGAGGACUCCACCUGGCCAGACCCAAAUCUCCCAACAUGCAGGAGCUGAAGAGGAGGUUCAGGCAGGUCCUGUCCUCCAAAGUCAAAUCGGCCACAACGAUCUGAUUUGAGAGUGGAAAAUAAAACUGUGGAAGUAUCAAAGGCCUCUCGGGGAAAUGACAAAUGCUGUAAGAGGAAUCUGAAAGGGAGAGGUGAUGAAGAGUUGUGACCUCUGGCUUCGUGGUCUGGAGUCACAGCCAAGGGCUCUGUCACAAUCAGAGAUCACCACGAGUUCAUGCUGGAGAUGGAKGAGAACAAAUGAAGGCAGAGACUCAUCUGAGAUUCUGCACUGAACGUUGGAGUCUAGCAAUCUCCAAGAGGAUACGCCAAAAACUGACUCUUGGCAUAUUUUUUUUCCACAAAAAAUCGUGAAUAGGAUAUGAAAAAUACUGACUAUUUAAAUAAAAUGUACUAAAAACUA